AUGAUGGCUGCCGGGAUUGACUUUCGUUUAACGAUUAUGGGAUCUGAUAAGAAGGCAGGCCCGGUAUCAUUCCGCUUUGAUGAUGAACUAGAGCCACUGAAUGAGAAAGACUAUGAUUGUGCUGUUGACUUAUUUCGAACUUUAAUAGCUAUUAAACGCCUUGAUGGGGGACAGAAACUUGCCAUAGGUUUCUAUCUAGAGGCGCAUGCACAGCCAACUUCAUGGCUGCUUUGUGUGAAUGGUAUUGUGGCAGAGAUACCAGCAGGCAAGUUGGUCAGUUUCGGAGAAGCAAUUACAAGGGAGCUGUCUAGGGUGAAUUAUGACAAAUCAAAGGUGGAAGAUAAAACAAACGAAACGGCAAGGACCUAUGAAGAAGCGUCUUUGGAGAAGGGAAAGGAGUAA